GAGCGAAACAAUGGAUUAUCAUCUCCGAGAGUAAUCUACUUCCCACCAAUGAGGAAGAGACUCUCUCACGUUCAUGACAUGAAGUUUUGAGUUUGGAGUGGUUUAGGUCGGAAGUAGACAUACAACGUUAAUUCUGAUACACUAACUGUUCAAUUCCUAACACAUUUUAUCAUCAUCCAUUACACUAUAAAUCAAACCCACGAACACAAAUCCAUCAUCAUCACAAUCAAGACUCCACAAAAUCCUCUGAGAUCAAAAUUCUGAAGAAAUACCAGUCACCAUGACAAUGCCGAGGGCUUAUCUCCAUCUUCUCGUUCUGACAACCUUUGUUCUCAUUCUCCUCGGUGCUAGCCCGUCCAUCUGCUCCCGGGCGAAACUAUCGUCAGAAUCAGCUUCAGCAGAUAAGCUCAAGGAAGAAUUUCCAGCUCCAGCAUGGCUUGUUUCCCGAGGCGAGAAAGAUCAUACCUCCGUCAGUGAUUCCUCCUCUUUAAAGGGAUUCAAGGUGGAUCCUGCAAACACAAUGGUGGCUGGCUUUUUCAAGUCUAGGUUCCCAUUCCCUGGUUGGCCUUUCCCUAAGUACCCUCCCGUUCCAUUCAUGAAACCGACCUUCCCUUCUGUUCCUACCACUCCAGGAGCUGAGCAGUCCGAGAAGUUGCCUUCUCCCCCAAGCCCGGGCAAGGAUAACGGCAGUGCAGGGAAUCCAUGAAACCAGAUCGUGUAGAACCUUUGUGUUUUAAAGUCUGAUCAAGCUUCUCUAGUUUGCAUUGUAUCAAAUAAAUGUACCUUACACAAUGAGUGUCCUUUGGCAUUUACAUGAGAAAUGAAUGAAAAAAUUAGUUAAGACAUCUUUA